CUCCUUCCCCUGCCUCCGGCGUGACCGCGCUUUCUGGACCUCUCUCCGGCUCUCUCUGGCUGUCCUGAGCCACCAGAAAGUUCUGGAAAAGCGGUAAAGGCGGUGCCCGUCUCCCAAUAAAGCCCCUCGGCCCUCGGGAGUGCGGCAGAGACGAGCGGGCCGCGAGGCGGCGUGGAUUAACGUCGGAACCCGAGACUCUCGGUACGAUGGCGCUGCUGUGCUAUAACAAAGGCUGCGGAAACCGGUUCGACGAGGACAAGAACUCCAACGACGCGUGUCUGUACCACCCGGGGGUGCCCAUCUUCCACGAUGCCCUGAAGGGUUGGUCAUGCUGCAAGAAGAGGACGACGGACUUCUCCGAGUUCCUUUCCAUCAUGGGCUGCACCCGUGGUCGUCAUAGCAACGAGAAGCCGGUGGAGCCUCUGCCCCCGGAGGUGACGUCAGAAAAGGGGGACCUGCAGACUCACAAAGGGCAAGAGAUCAUCUACCAGGGGCCCAAGUCUGCUGAGGCCCUUCAGAGGGAGAGACCCAGCUCUGAGGAGCCCAAGUCCAAGCUGCGGGUGAAGGUGUCACCCUCCCUUGCCCAGGUGAUUGAGAAGCUGGAGAUCAGCAGCAAGGAAGCCGAGGAGAAGAAAGAGAGCCAGGCUGUCAUGUACGGGACCCGAUGCAAGAACGCAGGAUGCAAAACGAUCUACCAAGGUGAGGCGACCAACGCAGAGAUCUGCAUCCACCACCCAGGGGCGCCGGUGUUCCAUGAAGGGUACAAGUACUGGAGCUGCUGCUGCAUCAAGACCGAGGACUUCAACGCCUUCCUGGACCAGAAGGGCUGCAUCAACGGAAGGCACCGCUGGAUACCAAAACACGACCAAAAGAAGGUGGCGUGUCGGUAUGACUGGCACCAGACUGGGAACCAGGUGGUGAUCACCAUCUAUGCCAAGAAUGCCAACCCAGAGCACUCGUAUGUGGAGGCCAACCAGGUUAUGCUCACAGCGCACAUCCUAUUUGAGAACGAUAAAAUUUUCCACAAGGACUUCGCUCUCUGGGGGGUGGUUGACGUAUCCCAGAGCUCCAUCAGCAUGGUGCCGGCCAAGGUGGAGGUGAUACUGCGGAAAGCGGACGCGGUGGCCUGGGGCAAGCUGGAGGACCCCAACGCCAAGGCGGAGGCCCCGCCCGAGGAGGAGUUCGUGGUGGAGGAUCCCGACCAGCUGCCCGACUGGGACAUUGACGACGAUGACAUCAGCGAGUCCGAGGAUGAAGAGGCCCCCCCCGAAUGAGGCGUCGACAAGCUGGGCGCCGACCUCCCGCAGCUCCGGGAAUGAUACCGAGCAAGGUCUCCCUUACCAUGCUCCACCGCUGAGAGGUUUUAAAGCAAGAACGCAUGGUGGUGGAGGAUGCAGAACCAGUAUCUCAGACACACACACACCCCCACCCCCGCUCAAUCACACACUAUUGCACUCACACGUAAGCAAGCGGUCAGAUGCUCCAGCCUCGCUAUCCUCAUGUGCAGGUGACGGUGCUGUGGAAACGGACACCUGACGCACAAAAAAAUGACACUUACACAUACAAGCUGUGGUCUGAACAGCUCAACCUCCGAAGACGUCUUUGCUCUUAGCGCAGCAAAGUACGACAGUAUGGCUUUGUCCUUAAAAGUAGAGCUAUACGUUAUGCAAAUAUGCUGAGAUUUUUUUUUUUUUUUGACUAUAGCAGCAGCCUUCCAUUCAUGACUGAUCUUUAGCAGGAUGUUUUUGUAUUUUUGUGCCUUGGGCAUAAAGACCUGAUGUUUCAGUGACCUUGUUCCUGGUGACUGUUCUUCAGCUGGGGUCAGGGGUGGGACCAUAUUCACAGUAACUCCGAUUACUGUUCAAAGGGAAUGUACUGUGUACCGUGUUCUACACGAGCUGCGCUUGCUUCUCUCACCCGCAGCAAGGAUUAUCAUCUUGAUUUAGCUCAUGCCUUUGUGCACGGUGACUUGCUCUGAAAUGAGUAUCCAGAGUCAACCACCGUGUACAGCAAACCAGCACCC